AUGACUGAUCGCCGUAGCGGUAUGGUUCAAGCAUACGGCUAUCCUUCAGCAACCGGGACAACACAAAUAGUUUCUAGAGCGGUGGCGGCUGCAGCUGCCAAUAGUCAUCAUUCCAAUCGCAAAGCAGGCCGAGGCUCCAAUCGAUACUCGGUCUCGGUGCUGUAUUCAAUGGCAGCCGAACAGGACAAUGAGGUUGAAGAUGAACUAGCACAAGCUCAACGACAGCUGAGAGACCUAAAAUCAAAAAUCUCGGCCCAAUCCAAAAAAAACUUUGUCCUAGAGCGAGACGUUCGCUAUCUUGACUCUCGAAUUGCUUUACUUAUCCAAAAUAGAAUUGCUUUGGCAGAGCAAACUGAAAUGGCAUCGCAUUUGGAGGAGCACGGUGAUGCAGAAACGGACUUUUAUCCAGACGAUCGAAAGCUUCAACAAUAUGGAAAUCUUUUAUUUAUCUUACAGAGUGAACCAAGACACAUUGCCACCCUUUGUAGAUUAGUCAGUUUAUCAGAAAUCGACACUCUUCUUCAAACAGUCAUGUUCACUCUUUAUGGAAACCAGUAUGAAAGCAGAGAAGAACAUUUACUAUUAACCAUGUUUCAGAAUGUGCUCGCUGCGCAAUUCGAAACCUCGACUGAAUUUGGCUCUCUCCUUCGAGCAAAUACACCCGUAUCCAGAAUGAUGACUACUUACACCCGCCGUGGACCUGGUCAAUCUUAUCUAAAGUCAGUGCUUGUUGACAAGGUUAAGAAUCUAGUAGAGCACAAGGACCUUAAUCUAGAAAUCAAUCCUCUCAAGGUUUAUGAGGAAAUGGUUGCACAAAUAGAAGAGGACAAGGGUGCAUUACCUGCCAAUCUUCCUCGCAGUGUGACUCCAGAGGUGGCAGCAUCAAACCCAGAUGUCCAGGCUAUUAUCCAACCUCGCCUCAAGAUGCUCAUGGAGAUCGCAGAAAGCUUUCUCACAACAAUCAUCUCAUCUACUCCCACGGUUCCCUACGGAAUCAGGUGGAUCUGUAAACAGAUUAGAUCUCUCACCAAGCGAAAGAGUCCCAAUGCUUCCGAGUUCUCUGUGUGUUCAAUGAUCGGUGGCUUCUUUUUCUUACGGUUCAUCAAUCCUGCAAUUGUGACCCCACGUGCAUACAUGCUUAUGGACAAUGUGCCAGGCAAACACCCAAGAAGAACACUGACCUUGAUUGCAAAAUUACUUCAAAAUUUGGCCAAUCGUCCCUCAUAUGCCAAGGAGUCUUAUAUGCUUCCAACAAACCCCUUUGUUGAGGCUAACAAGCAACGUAUCAACCGAUUCCUCAAUGAAUUGUGUGAAGUCAGUGAUUUUUACGAGAGUUUGGAAAUGGACCAAUACAUGGCUCUGUCAAAGAAGAACAUUGAAUUGAGUAUCACGAUGAAUGAGAUCUACAGUACACAUGCACUGCUGCAGGAACAUCUGGACAUGAUAUCUCCCAAGGAGAAGGAUCAUAUCCGUAUCCUCAUGAACGAUCUCGGACCUGCCCCUACCCAAGUUGCCCGAAAGGAAAAUAAGACGAUUGAUCUUUCUCUUUUUAGUCGUUGGGAAAUUCCUAUCCAAGAUUUGACAACUGCUCUCAUGUCUGAGAACAACAUCACUCAAAAUGAUAUUCUGUAUAUGGAGACCAAGGCCAUAUAUGUUCAAUUGAUUCGGUCACUACCUCACCUUGGAGCAGGGCCUCUGGAUCUGGAAUACAUUGCCGAGACUGCAGCUACCACAAAAGACGCUCAGCUGGUACGCAAGGGUAUCAAGGUCAAGGAUAUGCUACGAGAAUUGGAAGACGCGGGAGUAAUUGACCAUCGAGACCGGUACAAAUUGCUUGUCGAAGAGAUUACCCAAGAGCUGGCUCACCUAGGAAAUCUCAAGGAAAAAGUCCUUCAGGAAAUGACUUCGCUCGAGAGUGUAUACAAGGCUAUCUUGGACCACAAUAGCUACCUUCGUAGCCAACUUGAGAGCUACAAGGCAUAUCUGCAGAACGUGCGUAUUCAAAACGGCGGAGAAAAACAAACAAAGAGCUCGGUGGGUAUUGGAGUUGCUGUUGAAGGCAAUCGUAUAAAGACACAGACUCGAAGUGCAGUUCAAGGACCAUUCAAAUUUACCCACAGUCAAUUGGAGAAAGACGGUGUUAUUGCAGAGAGUACAGUACCAGAGAGCAGACGGCCUAAUAUAUAUUUUUCAAUCAAGUCUCCUCUGCCUGGAACAUUUAUCAUUGCUAUGUACUUUAAAGGUCGCGAAAAGGCAAUUUUAGAAAUGGACCUCAAGUUAGAUGACCUUCUUGAACAGCAACAAAACAAUGUGGAAUUACUGGAUUUAGAAAUUGUGCGUCUUAAUGUGCUUCGUAUUCUUCAGCUCUUGAACAAGACAUUUGUGACACGCGGCAAGAAACUAAAACGAUAAUAUCCUCACCAGAGGUUUGUUUUCUUGAGACCAUGAAGUCGAAUUAAGACGAGCUUUUUCUUCUUAUUAUUAUCCUCGGAACCUACCUAUCUACUUACUUACUUACUUACUUACUUACUUACAUACUUACUUACUUACUUACAUACCUACCUACCUACCUACACCUAUUUUACUUGGAUGUGUUAAAACAAGGCAAAUUCUAUUGUCUUUUUUUUUCUUUUUCUUCUUACUAUUACUAUUCUUAUUCCUCUUCUUUACUUUUUUUUUCUAUAUAUAAUUACUAUUAUUAUUAUUAUUAUUAUUACUAUUAUUUCUCAUCCUCUUUUUCUAUCAUCAAACAUCUUCCAAAUCCUAACAAUUUCCCCCCCUCUAUUCUUUACAAAAAAAACCAAUUUUUUUUGGUACUCACAAAGACAAAAGAAUGUUCAUUUAAUCUCGGGUUCUACAGCCACCAAAUUUACACCAAAAAAGAAAUAUACCUUUUUGUAUAUGUAUGUGCGUGUAUAUAUAUCUAUGUAUGUGUAUGUACAUACAUACAUACAUAUAUACAAAAUAAAUAAAGACAAUAUCUAACUUCAAUAAU